GUCGGCUUGUCCAGCCGUAAAGUUUCUCUGGACCCUCAAUUCAAAUGCCAGCUGGAGACUGGACAAGCGCUUGAAAAGAAUAACAAUGACAAGGUGAAACGUUUCCACGCCGAUCUCCAUCAUGGACUCAACGCUUUGAAAUCCGACACAGCUCACAGGAAUCAAAUUAAAGGUCGAAGCCAAGGAGAGGCAGGGCUGAAGUCACAGUUCGCUUUACUUGAGACUUCGACAAGCCACCUGCCGUCCCUGCCUCCAAGGUGCCUUUCAAUAUGGUGACACGCAAAUCACACAGUGUACAGUAAGCCAGAGGAAAGUCGCGGACAUUACGCUUUGCAUCGCCUCACUUUCAAGCAAAUCUCAUCUCAUCUCGCACGCUCGGAGCGCAGCGGCAGCCUGCUGGUGUAGUCAUGCAUCUAGAGGUGAAGGUUGCGCUCAACUUUAUCGUGUCCUAUUUGUACAAUAAGCUACCUCGGCGUCGUGCUGACCUCUUUGGCGAGGAGCUCGAGCGGAUCCUGGUAUCUCGCUUUGAGGGUCACUGGUACCCCGAGGCCCCUCUUCGUGGCUCUGCGUUCCGCUGCCUGCACCUGGGAGCCCCGAGAGACCCUGUUGUGGAGCUCGCCGCCAAGAGAAGUGGACUGGAUACGGAGGAGGUGCGUGCAAAUGUCCCUGCGGAGCUCAGUGUGUGGAUUGACCCCUAUGAGGUGUCCUACCAGAUUGGAGAGAAGGGGGCGGUGAAGGUGCUGUACCUGGAGGACCCACUAGGUCUCAGCUGUGAUGGUGAGCGCCCUGAAGGGGUAAUGAGAGAGGUUAAAGGAGAUUCUGAGUUAGAGGAAGCAAAGAGUCUGGGCUUCAAUCCAGACGCUCAGGUGUUUGUUCCAGUCGGAAGCCAGUUAUCUCCUUCCCUCAUGCCGCCGCUCACCAGUUCUCCCACGCCGCCGUCUGUCCAAUCUGGCCCCACACUCUUCAAGUACCCCACCUCCAGCUCACCCGCGGACCCCGCCGCCCACUCCUCCAACACAUCCACCCCUUCUCCUCCCACCAGUGGGAUACCCUACCUCGCCGCUCAGCAGCCCCCCUCCUCCCUCCCCGCAGCCCGUCCUCAACCCAUCACCUUCACUACAGCCGCUUUUGCCGCCACUAAAUUUGGCUCCACCAAAAUGAAGAAGUGCAGUGCGGCCGGGUCAGCGGGCGCUUCCGGCGUCACCGUCGGAGUCCCGCCUGUCCAGAGGAUGCUUUCCCACUCUCCCACCGCCAUCUUGGCUCCAGAGAUGCUGAAGCACAAAUCGCUCUCUCUCUCCAUGCACUCACUUGUAGGUCCCAUGCCCAGCCAGCUCUCCCCCAAUGCCAAAGAGUUUGUCUACCCAGGAUCUCAGAGCCCCCUUUACUUUGAUGCUGACCCCCAGCCCUUGCAAGCUCACGCAAGCCGAUUACAGCCCCCCCACAGUGUCAGCACCCACCCGUCCUUUGACCCUUUCUCCAGUCCUCCCCCGUCCCAGAGUAUGGGCAUCUUGGGCACCAAUGGAGAGAUAUCCUACAUGGAGAAACCUCAAUUUGUUGAGGGUUUAGGGAGCUACAACCUGCAAUAUCCAAGUCAGUCCUUCCAGCCUGUUGUGUUGGCCAACUAAGCCUUUGUCAAGAACUGGCCCAGGCGCUCCAGAUAAUUUUUUUUUAACAAACUGUCCUAAUACUAAUGCAAGCUAAUACUUAGAUUUCCUACAGAGAUUUAAAAACGUAGCUUUCCUACAGAGAUUUAAAGAUACUGUACCCUCUCAUUAUCUCAUGGUAAGUUUUGUUUUGGUCAUCACAUUCUGCUUUGAAUUUAUCAUUGCCAUUGUUGGUCAUUAAUGAUAAGUAACCUAAUGGAUGCGGACUGUGGUAAAGCUCCAGUUUGCACGUCACGCUGUGGAAAAAGGACCUAGCCAAGUAUUGUACUUUGCGCUGCAAUCUGUUCCUACAGAGCUGGCUAUUGGGGGUGGGGGUUUGGAAGAGCUGUGCCGUCUGUGCUUGCAUGUGUUGUGAUGUCGUGGCUCAAUGUGAUCUGGAAACGUAUUGCGUGAUGGGUGCCUUCGCAUGCCGACGUCACAGCAGUCAAUACCGAAACUGUUUAUCGUCAGCCAGAAUGCGCCCACGGUGUGUUUUGGCGAUUGAGUGAUCAAAUAAGAGAACUUAAGUCAUCUAUCAAGAGAAAUUGCAGAAGGGAAGGUCGCGGAAACCUCUGCGAGGCAAGGAAAGAAGACUGCGCUCACGUGCUGAUGCCUGCAAGUCGUGCACUGGCGUACAUGUAGACCUUAUACAAUCUGCACACAGCUAAAUGCACAUAUACACGUUACCAGUCAUCCGAGUGUGAAGGUGAACAGGCAGCGAAAUGCGGUUGGGGGAUGGUAUUCAGCAGUAACGCCGAAGAUAUUUUAAUAAAUGGCUUGGUGUGACUUUGAGGAUGUAAGGGUGCUUUUCCUCAGCAUGGAAAAGAGGAGCAAAGAAGGCAGCAAGCGGGCUGCAUUGCCUCAAUGGCGUCCGGUGUUUAUUGACUUUGAGAGCGACAUUUUUAAAACCCAGAAUGCGUUGCUAGUGAGUUUAAAUGGUAUUGAAACGAAAGGCUAACACUAUUCUGCCCCUCCUUGAAAUGUUUCAGUGCUGAGGGAGAGCAGAGAAAGGUGAAGCUGGUUCUUUUCUCCUGGUUGUCAAGUGGACAUCGAUGAAUGUUCUUUAUUGAUGGCAGGCUGCUGUUGCUAUUUUAAGCUAGUCACAGCUCUUCAAGUCUAAUGUGUUUGUCAUAACAAAAUGGUCAAUUUGAGCACUUUAUUAAGCGGACGGAGCUCCAGUUCUCAUGGCUCACAAAAUUUAACAUCCAUGACUUUUUUUUUUUUUUUUUUUUUCUUUCCCCCCCCCCCCUACAUUUCAUUUCAUUUAACGAGAUGGUAACAUUUCAAAAGUGUAUUGAAGAUGUGGAAAUUGAGUCUGUUUGUCCAUUUAAUGUUUUUCUAGACAAAGAUAUGUAUUCAUGUGUUUUGUACCCAAGGACCCUUAACUGUUUUUUCAUCCUUUCACACCCCUCCUGGGGAAUGUGGAGGGAAAUAUGGAUUUGUUUUUGUUCUGUAAUUUAAAAAAAAAAAAAAAAAAAAAAAAAAAAGACCUGAUAGUUCUAUAUAUUUUUGUUUUUGAAAACUAUUAAUUAUGAAGGCUGAGAAAAUGUAAAUAUAAAGUUCUUAUGUUCAGAUUCUUUGUUUAGUUUCUUACAUCCUGAAGUUAUUUUUGCAGAAAUUAACCUGAAUAUAUGCAAACUGAGAGUAAAAAUAAAUAGAAGUAUUACAAUUAUGUACAGAGUUCAUUAUUGAAUGUGUAUUGUACCUUGUACAGCAGCAGUCUAUGAGAGAUUGGUAAAUGUAUUAAAGCUGGGUUUUGAAAAGGUGAAUGUUUACAAAAGAUGGUUCAAAUCACUGUCCUCCUCCUAGCUACAAUCUGAAAACACAAAUUCCCCUAGAACUCACGAUAUAGAUGAAUUUAUAUGCAAUUUUGCAAGAUGGAACUAUGAGUACAAAGUCGGACCCUGAUUAUUCUCAAUUAAAACUAACAUAGGAACCCCCCCCCCCGUAAGUGUGGCCCUCUGGUCUCAAUGAUAUAGCCAUAUCCCAGAGUGUCAUCACUUACACAGAUCCUGGAUCACCCUUGUCAAGUGCAAUGUAAGGCCAUAAUUCGAAAGACCCUGCAGUGGGUUUCUACCUCUCAUCUCCCUGAAUAGCAUCGCAGUAUUUUGGUCUCUUCUAAUAGGAAGGACGAAGGAAACGAAUGUUAUACUCUUAAGCCCCGGUUGAGAUGGCCCGCGGAAGCCCAACUGGGAUACCUGCAUAUUUUACUGCGCUUAAAAGAACUCCAAAUAGGGUGUGCAUAUAAAAUUUAGAACGAUUGGAUUGUGUGUGUGCUUGAAAUAACCCAUUUGAAAAGCACCCCAAACUCUUUAAGUGCAGGCCAUCCUACAAUCGGGGUUGAAGACAAACAAGGGUUUGUAUUCUGUUUGUAUUCUUAGUUUGUUUUAUUUUGCACUUUGGAAUAUUUCAUUAUGAAAGUAAAUUUUCUAUGUGACAACAUUAAAAUGUAUAAUAUAAUUAAAACAUACAAAUAGUUAUUUGCUUUGCUGACUAUUUUUAUUUUUUCCUAUUUUUGUAUCAAAUCUGUACACCUUAUAGAUGUUUAACAAGUCUUUCACGCAAUGACCUGUUUUCUUGGAAUGGGGCAUUACUACUGCAGUUUAUAAUUGUAUCCGAUUUCUUUUUUUAGGUUUGUAAUAAAAAGACCAGUAAGCAUGGAAAAUAAGCUGACUGUCUCUUUGUCAUGCUGUUCUCAAAGUUUUAACACAAAGUGCCACCUAAAAAUGACUAGCGCUUCAAGUACUACCAUAAUGAACAGCAUUUUUAAUUCAGUAGCAUAGUGGGUGUAAGGGGUCAUAAAAAGCAAGACAUUUAAUUCCUAAAAUUUAUAUUUUGUAAGCCACUGCAACAUUAUGCAGUCUGAACAUUAAUGUUGUGCUUACAUAUAGAAAAAUACAAUUUAUUUUGUUUUCAUUCAAAUGUAUUACACCAAAGUUAAAAAUUCUACUUAAAUAUUUAAAAAGCUAUUAAAGAUGCAAUGCAAAUAAAUUGUACCUAUAAAUUUUAAGAGUUCGAGGAUUAAAUGCAAACUUAUUGAACUGAACUGUACUUAGGGACUGAUUAUUUCACGUAACACUUUUGAGAAUCACUGCGCUAAAGAAAAAUGCCGACUAGUAGCGCCUGUCUUCUUGAACACCGAUAUGCUCGAAUGACUCAUCCAAAUAUUGCAGUAAACAAACUCCAGUGAUGUUUGAUCAAUUAUUCAAAGAAAAUAUGAAAAUCUCUGUUGGUGAGACACCAGAAUGCUCAGCACCCACCUCAGCAGGAGACAUACCAGAAGAUAUUACUUGAGAUUUCAUCAUGAGACGUUUAUCAUACAUGGCUGGACUGGCCUCAUCCAUGACUCUCUCCUACAUCACCCUCACUUCUCCAUCUUUUUUGCCCCACCUCAGCAGUUCCUCUUCCAUCCUCAAGCCCCUCCCUCUUCAGAGCCUCCAUCAUUUCCUCCACUCGAUUAUCUCUUCGGCUUCCCAGAGCUUGCGUCCCCAGACUUUCCUUUCUGAAUACACACGCCCGUCCUCUUUGUACUCCUGUUAUGCAACACUGCUCCCCUGUGUGUGGAUGUGAUCAUUACGCAAUAGCUCCUACUCUUCUGGAAUACUGAUAAGCUGAGGGAACAGUGAGGAGGCGGCAAAACGCGUGCAGCAUCCAAACAAAAAGACGUGUGUGUUUACACGUGCAGAUAAAUGGCAUAUAAAAGAACACCUUUGUUAUCGUGUCUGUCAACACAAAGGGAGGAUGGAGCUGUCUGAUGACAUGUCAAGGUCAAACUGAGCCCAUUUGUCUUUACAACUGGAUUUAUUUUUUACGCAUGAUACAGGACUAUGCAGUGUCAUGUAUCCAUACAUGGUUAGGACCAUACAAAAACACCCAAAGGAAUCAUUUUUAUAGAAACAAAGUAAUGCAAAACACCAAAAAAGCCAAAUAAAAAUUUCAAAUCUCCUAAUAACUUUAAAUAGUUUUUCUGUAUUAUGGACUUGUAGCUGCUUCAAAUAGCGAACAAGUCUAAGUGAUGCGGAGAAAAACUAAGCCGUUUGAGAACUAAACAGGGCUGAUUUACCUUUACCUUCCAUUGUACACAUUAGCAUCACCAACGGGUAAAAAAAAAAAAAAAAAAAAAAACAUUGUUAAAUGGGGUUUGUGCUUGACAAUUUAAGUUUUACACUGAGGAGCAUAUCUUAUGCAUGCACAUUACUAAACAUGAAAAAUAAUGUUUUAGUUUGUGUUGUGCAUCAAAUAAAGAUGCAGUAGCCACAAAUAAAACUAUAAGAGCUUGCACGUGUUUAGUGGUGCAAGUGCAGCACACUUUAGAAGUGGAACUUUUUCAACCACACAUGCUAAUGCUCUUUUUGUUCUUAGUGGAGCAGACCAAUACUACAUAGAAUUGGGAAUUUGUUUCAUAUGACAGUGUGUAUCUGUUAUCUUUAAGCUAGUUUCACUUCGUUGCUUCGCAGCAAUUAAAAAAAUAAAAUAAAUAAAUGCUACAUACUGACCUACCCCAGUAAAUGAUCGAAAACAUUCUCUCGGGGCUUUGUGAGAAGUAUGCACACCUCUUUGAAUUUAAUUUAAAAACUCACUGGCUGUACUGACACAUGAACAGGAGUGCAUAUUUUGUUUGAAUGUCAAUACAAAAUAAACUCUCAAAAUAAGAAUUGUCUGUGAAACUUCACCCUCUUGAAACUGAAACGAUCAAGAAAAACACUUAUGCACCAACUGAUCCAGUGAAUCUACAUAUGGAUCAAUUUGUAAUUCAUAGGAAAUAAUCCACACAGUGAUCAAAAGAUGCCAUUUUCAGCGGAUGUUUGAUGUUUGCCCCAAGAGUCAAUCAAGCGGACCGCACUCAGAUGGCUGGCAUUCUUAUACGGGUCAUAACAUCAUAAUACAGAUGCUCUGCAUUAAUACGCCCAUCAGAAGCAUGUCUGCUCUUCAGUGAUGCUUUACAGACAUAAGUACACUUGGUGUAGAAUAGUCAAGACAUUGAUAGAAGACAAAGUACACUGGGUUUCAUGCAUUAGGAUCCUAGACUACAGAGGAUCAAAUUGGAAGCACAGAGAAAACUUUGGGGCAUUUCCUCUUGGAAAAAAAACCCAUGGUAGUUUUACACACAAUACCACCGAAUUCAAACAAGCAAUAUAUAACGGGAUAUUAUUGCCACAAUUGGAGCACAAGCCCACCAAUCACCCAAAAAAAAAAAAAAAAACUCAGCAUCUGUAGAAGACACUGGAGUCUUAUAACAGUCUGUAAUGUACUUGCUAAAUAAAACA